AUGACUGAGAAACCGUUGGAUAAUAUGCUAAUGGACGUUGAUACUAUGAACUUCAUCAAUAUCGAUAAAAAUAAUGAAGUUGAAACUCACACUCACACACAGCAAGUUGAUGAUGGUGAUUCUUCUUAUGAGGAUUCAUUUCUAACAGAUUCAGUUACAGGUAAAUUAAUGAUGAAGCUUACUUCUCCAGAUAGUAAUUUACCUAUAAAGAAAGGAGAAAAGGAAGAGUUACAUUUUCAGCUAGGUCCAAUAUCAUCUCAAAAUAUGGCUUUUGUUGUUAAGAAAGACAAUACAAGACUUUAUCCUGUCUCUUUACCUAAAAUGGAUACUUCAGAAUCAUAUUGCAAUUAUAUUAAAAGAGUGUUCGAUAUAUAUGAUAGUUUGGGUGAUAAUAAAGUUUAUUCUAUACCGACGAUAGGUGUUAUAACCUCGAGUUUUGAAAAGGAUCAUACGGCUACAGUAAAUUUAGCUAUGGAAACAUUUAUUACUGAACUAGAAAAUUAUAUUGAUUCAAUUAAAACAGAUUCAAAAUUAACAAAUAAAUAUCUAGAUUUAGAAGAUUCUUUAACUAUUAUUAACUGUUUGAAACUAAUAUUUUUCGAUUUAGAUACUCCAAAUAUUGAUAAUGUACGAAAGAGAUUUAUUCAGAGUCUGUUGAAAUGGGUUAAUAGAUCUGAUGGUGAACCAAACGCUGUAUACAUUGAACAGAUAUUUCAAAUGUCAAAUGAUAGUGAUAAGAACGUUUUUGAUAUUUCUUUAUUUUGGAAUUUAUUGAAUCAAUUGUUAUUAAGAGGUUUAUUUGAACAAGCUUUAGGUUGUAUUGAGAGAUCCGAGAUUAUACCUUAUCUGGAAAACAUAUGUGAAGUGUCAUCAAAUGCAAUUAAGGAUUUAGUUCAAUUGGUUCAAAAUUAUCCAAUGGAUUCGAUGGACACUUUUAGAGAAUGGAAGGCACUUGCUUUAGAAUUAAGUCAAACGUAUAAUGAUAGCGAGACCAAUGUGUCUGGUGAAUUACGUGAUUACAUUGAAGAUACACUUUUACUUAUUAGUGGGUAUCAAAAUAAAAUAACAGCUGCCUCUAAAACCUGGUAUGAAUCUUUCUGUGGUAUGCUAUUGUAUUAUAUUCCAUCCUUGGAAUUAGCUGCAGAAUAUUUACAAUUAUCGUUAAACGCAAACCCAUUAGAUGUUACAAGUUCAUGGGAGCAAAGUUGUUGUGAUAUUAUUAACGGAAAUGUUUAUAAUAUCUUGCCUAUUUUAGAAUCUUUGAACACAUGUACAGCUUCAUUCACUGCAGCUUUGGUAGAAGCAAAAGGUUUGCUAGAGAAUACAUAUGAAAAUGAAGUGGAUCUUCAAAAUUAUGAUUCAAUCAUGAACAAUUUUUUACAAAACAAUGAUAUUUUUGAUCCAAGAAAUGGUAUGGCAUCAUAUAUGUUAAUGAAUUUUGCAUUUGAAUUAUGUUCCACUGAUAAUAAAGAUCUGUGGGCUAUUGCCGUCGGUUUGAUAUCCUUGAAUCCUAAGGUUAAAUCUAGUUGUAAAAGAGAUACAUUAUCCGAGUUGUUACUACAUUAUCCAUUCCAAACUAAUGAUGAUAUUGAAUGGAUGUUUGGUAUUUGUGCUAAAUGGAAAUUGCCAGAAGUUUCAAGAUCCUUAUAUACAAUGUUAGGAAGUACGAUGAUCUAUGAAGGAAGGACAAUUGAAGCUAUGACAAAUUAUAGUAAAGCCGGUAAAUUUAAUUUUGUCAAAGAAUAUUCAUGGACCCUAUUUGAAGCUGCACUUUUAAGAGGAAGUCCAUUAGAUGAUAUAAUGCUUAAUGCAAUUGUCAACGAUGGUUAUACAAAUGAUAGUGAGUUUGUUAUUUCAAGAGAGGUUUUACAAAAUGUUGUCACAAAUGUGAUGAGACAAACAUUGGCUCCAUAUGCCAUUCUUUAUAAGUUUUUUCUUGCAAGAGAUAAAAAAGAUUGGACAAAUGCAUUAAAUCUCUUGAUGUUAUUAUUGGAUUUUCAAUAUUUGCCAAGGUAUUAUUUAGUCAUAUUAAUAGCAGAAUUUCUUUAUCCAAUAUUUUUACUUGAUGAUUCAAAAAUCAUCAAGGAUCAAGAUGUUUUUGUAAUUAUCAAACAGAUGGAAAGUAAAUGGGAUUCUUUUGAUAAAAUGACUAAAAAUAUCUAUACGACAUUAUUAAGUGAAUCAGACGAAACUUUAACUGAAGUCUUACCACCCACGUUAGAAGAAUUGAAGAAGUCUGUAAGUAAGAAAUUAAGCUUCAAACUUUGUCAAGAAUUUAUGUAA